AUGCCAUCGGCACUACCAUCUCCGACUUCAAAAGUCACCAAGUUCACCAACUGUCGACUUUUGAAGGGUGAAUCUUUAGUCACUCAAGAUCUAUGGGUAUCAUCUUCUACGGGCAAGGUUAUCCAAAGCCAGGAAGCUUUCUACUCACAAUUAUGUGUACCGGAUGAAACUAUUGAUCUUGGUGGCCGCAUUAUUUCGCCAGGUUUCAUCGAUGCACAGCUGAAUGGAGCCUUUGGAUUUGACUUUUCUUCUAUACCAGAAGAUGAUGACCCGAACACUUAUGGCAAGGAGUUUCGACGAAUCAAUGGCUUGUUGGUCAAGACGGGUGUUACUUCUUAUUUGCCUACUAUCACAUCAUCGCGUCCGGAGGUUUAUCAUCAUGCCCUCCCAUUUCUAGGUCCCUCUGGAACAGAUCGUUGUGCAUCAAAUGGUACAGAAUCACUUGGCGCUCACGUUGAAGGCCCCUUCCUUGCCCCCACCAAAAAUGGAAUUCAUCCUAUUCCCGUACUCCUCGCCCCCAAAUCCAAUGACCUCACGUCUCUUUCAGACUGCUAUGGCGCCUCCAACCUUCUCGGCAACGUGCGCCUUAUAACCGCCGCCCCCGAACUCCCGCACAUGACCUCUCUGAUCCCUACUCUCACCUCUCCUCCCCACAACAUCAUCUUCAGCAUCGGGCACACCGAAUCCACCUACGAAGACGCCACGCAGGCCAUCAGCGCCGGCGCAACCAUGAUUACUCACCUCUUCAACGCCAUGCGACCCCUUCAUCACCGCAACCCGGGUAUCUUCGGUCUCCUCGGCACAACCCCCACAACCAGCACCUCCCCUACCACAACACCCCCUUCCACCCCUAUUACCACCCAACCAGCAAUUUCAACUCCAAUCCAAACCUCCAACUCUAUUCCUCAACGCCCCUACUUCGGUAUCAUAGCCGACUCCAUCCACCUGCACCCCACCACCAUAACCCUCGCCUACAACGCACACCCCUCAGGUCUAAUCCUCGUAACCGACGCCAUGCACCUAGUCGGGCUCCCCGACGGCCGCUACGCCUGGAACGGCGACUUCAUCAUCAAAACCGGCAUCCACCUACGUCUGGAAUCGGACAACAAAAUCGCAGGCUCCAGCAUAACAUUAGUGGAAUGCGUGAGUAACUUUUUAAACUGGACGGGAUGUAGCGUAGCUCAAGCACUCAAAGCAGUAACGGAGACCCCGGCGAGAAUGCUGGGUGUGCAUGGGACGAAAGGUGGAUUGGAGGGGGGGAUGGAUGCGGAUCUUUGUGUGCUGGAUGUGGUGGAGGAGGUUGAUGGGAGGAGGAGGGUGCGGGUGGAUGAGGUGUGGAAGUUUGGGGUGAGGGCUUUUGAGAGGGAGGGGGAGGUAGAGGGGGAGGGGGAAGAAUUGGAGAAGGAAAGGGAAAGGGAAAAGGGGCUGCCAUUGAGAAAUAGAGUGGAGAUGGAAAUGUAA